CACACUAGUUCCCCGAAUACUAAUAUCUCCUGUUACUUACUUAUACGACGGCGGCCCGGUUGGCUGGUUAUAUUCUCCCGUUUCUCUGUCUUUUUAUUCCUUGAGCAGCCCAUAUUAGAUAAGUCUACCCGCGAAUUAGUCCUCACCUAGUGGUAUACCAAGAGAUAGGCGCCUGUAGCACCACGCGAAGAGAAGGCAAGGGGAAAGAAGGAGCAGAAGCACUACACGAUGGCCCAGCCGGAGGAGAAGAAGCGCAUCUUCUUAAAUGCGUUUGACAUGUCUACCGUUGGCCACCUCUCGCCGGGCCAAUGGAAGAAUCCUGUCGAUAAAUCGGCAACGAAACGGAACCUCGAGUAUUGGAUCGAGCUGGCCAAGCUGCUUGAUAAGGGAGGCUUCAAUGCCCUAUUUCUCGCAGAUACGUACGGUGGUUACGAUACCUACGAGGGAAGCCUGGACAACUGCAUCAGGCGGGCGGCGCAAUGGCCCAUGACGGACCCAACUAUCCCGAUCGCAGCGAUGGCGGCCGUGACGAAGAACCUCUCCUUUGCCAUCACCGCGUCAACUUCGUUCGAGCCGCCUUUCCUCCUGGCGAAGCGCUUUUCCACCUUGGACCACUUCACCGGCGGUCGGUUUGGCUGGAACAUCGUCACGUCCUGGAAGAAGGCGGCCUUCAAGGCGAUCGGGCUGGAAAACCCCAUCGAGCACGACGAGCGGUACCGCCAAGCUGACGAGUAUCUGAGAGUCCUGUAUAAGCUCUGGGAGGGAUCGUGGGCGGACGACGCCAUAUCGCCGGAUCCCGAGAACGACGUGUAUGCGGACCCGGACAAGAUCCGCACGAUCAACCACAAGGGAAAGUACUUCACGCUCAACUCGCGACACAUCGUCGACCCGUCCCCGCAGCGGACGCCGUUCCUGUUCCAAGCGGGGACCUCGACGGCGGGGCAGGAGUUUGCGGCGACGCACGCCGAGGCCAUCUUCGUGUCGUCGCACUCGCCGGUGAUCCUGCGGCCCAAGGUGACGCGGAUCCGGGAGCUGGCGGCGGCGCAGGGGCGGGACCCGCAGUCGCUCAAGUUCUUCGCGACGUACACGCCGGUGCUCGGGCGGACGGACGAGGAGGCGCGGGAGAAGUACAAGGAGCUGCAGAAGUACGCGUCGGUGGUGGGGGGGCUGGUGCUGGUCAGCGGGUGGACGGGGAUCGACCUGUCGCGGAUCCCGAUCGACCAGGAGCUCAGCGCGGCGGACUCGCUGGAGGCGCACAAGGUGCGCAGCAUGCUGGACGCGUUCACGGCGACGAGCGAGGACAUCCCGCGGUGGACGCCGCGGGUGGUGGCGCAGAAGGCGGCCAUCGGCGGGCUCGGGCGCGUCGGCGUAGGCAGCCCGCAGACGGUGGCGGACGACAUGGAGCGCUGGAUCCGCGACGGCGACCUCGACGGCUUCAACAUCGGCUACGUCACCACGCCCGGCACGUUCGAGGACGUGGUCGAGCUGCUCAUCCCCGAGCUCCGCCGCCGCGGCCUGUACCCGGACCAGCCGGCCGAGGGCGAGAAGCUCACCGCGCGCGAGCGCAUCUACGGCAAGGGCCAGAAGGGCCUGCGCGACGACCACACGGGCUCCCAGUACAGGUACGACCGGUACCAGGAGGACCCGCCGUACCAGGAAGAGAAGAAGGAGGAGGUGGCCGUCGAGAAGGACGGGAACUAGGGAGGCCUUGGUUAGGGUACGGCGACACACAAAGCUACCUGCGUCUGUCACCAUGUGUACCUCUCCCUGUCUGUCGUCUCAUUGUAUAUCUUUCCCCCCUCUCUCUCUCGGCAGUGUGGAUUGUCUGCAUACGGCUCGCAAUGUGAUAAUACCUAUAGUUACCUAUAUUUUAUGGGGUCUUGU